GGAAAUAGAUGGCAUCAUAUGUGUAGCAAUAGAUGAUCAACAAGAGGAUGUUGUUGUUAAAAUACACAGGACUAUAAUACGACCAAGCAAAAAAAAUCAAACCAUAAGAGAGGCUCGCGAUGAUGUACACCAUGAUCCUAGAUGUACGACAAAUCCAUGUUCCAAUGCAUCCUCCUCAGUGCAAUAUAAUACUCAAUUUACAAGUCCACCAGAUGCCAGUACACGUAGAACAGUGCAAUCUCCACAGAGCAAUGACCGAAAACGAAAACAAUAUUCACCAGACCAUGACACACACACACAAAAGACAAUAAAAAUAGAAGAACCAGAGAUAAUAGAAGAAGAUCUUACAGGUGAUACAGAUCUUAAUGACUCUGGGACAUAUUAUAACCAUCAUAGUGCUAGAAAUGCAUUAGAUCCUACCAUAAAUGACAAUGUCAAACACAAGCAUGUUGAGGGUAUAGAAUAUGCAUUAGAAGAAAGUGAACCGAACAUUAGUUUGAAUAAAACUCAAGCAGAACAAAUGGCUUCUAUAAAACAAGGCAGCUCAGAAAAACAACAAGUCCCAGAAAACCUGAGACCAGUUACCUUCAAUGAAAUAAGAAAGGCUCAAAUAACAGAAGUUCCAGAUGCCGUAAAGAAAGUAGUAUCAGAAAAAGUUAUGAAGAAUGGAGAAGGAUAUGCGGUUUGUUACCUCCUUGAUGUGAUGUUUAGUGAAAAAGAACUGUUGAACACACAUGCCAGACGGAGCAGAGGAAAAUGGAACUUAGAUGACCUUGGGGUCAGAAUGAGUCUUAUUAGAGACUACAUGGAAAAAAAUUACAACACGGACCUUACCAAAAUUGAAAAGACAACAAGUCAAAAAAGAAGCGACAUGAGAAGAAAAUACAAGAAUAAAGAUAAAUGAUGAAAACCAAACUGGGCAAAUUUGUACCACAUAAUUACCAAGUUCUCUAUAGUUACGACAUGCUAAUGGAUCAACUAGGAAAUACCAGGGUAAAAAUGGAACAAUCAAACCCAGUGUCUCAAUCAACUUCUUUGGAACAAUCAAAUUCAACAGAGCAGACAUCAACAGUCCAAGAGGGAUAUCCCAUACAGGGUGAACAAUUAGAGAAUCCUACUUUUAAUCUCAUGGUUGAGCAACAUAUACCAUUGAACCAAUCAAUGAUAUUAGAACAAUCUAGAAUUUCAGAACAAUCAAUGAUGUCACAAUCAAAAGAAGCAAUCUCAUCAUUUCAGAAACCAAAAGUGAAGCCAGAUCAUCAAUUCACUUGUGAUUUGUGCUUAAAAACAUUCAAGCGAUUGUCUGAGUUAACACGACACCAAAAGUUUCAUCUGGGUGAUCGACCACAUCAAUGUACGUUGUGCUCAAGUAGUUUUGUGCUUAGGCAGGACCUGAAUAGGCAUUUAAAAUCAGUACAUAAAAUGCUGAAACGUGAAGCUACAGAAUAA